CGCUACCGAAUAUUUACCUUUGACCCCGUUGCAUGAUGAAGCUCAGCCAAUCGCUUGGCUCGUUGUUGAGAGGUAUUCAAGUUUCUAGGAGGUUGAUACCCUCUCGUCAACAUGUCUUCAUCGGACGCCAAUAAUGGCCCGAGCCAAGCGCCACCUUAUCCAGGUGUUCUGCCCUCAGCGAUACCUCCCCAAUUUAUGGGACCACCAGGAAUACCGCCUCACUUCCCUCCCAUUGGAAUGCCCCCUAUGGGGCAGAGACCGCCCAGCAUGACUCCGCUGCCUCCCGGUAUAAUUCCCCCAGGCAUAAUGCCACCGAUGGGGGCCCCGCCAAUGGGACAGAUGCCAGGCAUGAUGCCACCUAUGAUGCCAGCGAUGAUGAUGCCUCCUCACAUUCCAGCUGCGUCUGUGCAGCCAACGGGGCCGCCUGGUGUUGACCCCUCAGUUGCUGCACCUGGAACAGCUAGUGCCACAAAUGGAUCUCCACAGGACGACCAACCAAAGAAGAAGUCCCUGUGGACAGAACACAAGUCAUUGGAUGGGAAGACCUAUUUCUACAACACAGAGACCAAGCAGUCCACAUGGGAGAAACCAGAGGAUCUCAAAUCUCCUGCAGAGCAAAUGCUGUCCAAAUGCCCUUGGAAGGAGUACAAGUCCGACACGGGGAAGCCUUAUUAUUACAACUCUCAGACUAAGGAGUCUAGAUGGACGAAACCCAAAGAGCUGGAGGAUCUGGAAGCUAUGAUCAAAGCAGAGGAGAAUGGGACGGAGGCGAUGGCUCCUGGAACCGCGGCAGCUCCCGCAAUGCAAGCAGACAACACUGCCGCUAUGGUAACCGUGAUGGAGGCGGAGAUUGUGGCCGCCGUCUCGGAGGAACACCUGUCUCAGGCGGCCGUGCAUCACGUAGCUGAGAUCAAGACUGUGGACGCACCUGUGGCUUCCUCCGAGAGCUCGGUCGCCACAGAGGCCGCAGCCAGUAUUGAAGUCACAAAAGAAGAAAGGCCAGAACUUCAGAAGAAGACGUACAAGUGGAACACAAAAGAGGAGGCCAAGCAGGCCUUCAAAGAGCUGCUGAAGGAGAAGGGUGUGUCCUCAAACUCUUCCUGGGAGCAGGCUAUGAAGAUGAUUAUUAAUGAUCCUCGCUACAGUGCCCUUCCCAAACUGAGUGAGAAGAAACAGGCGUUCAAUGCCUACAAAGUCCAAACCGAGAAGGAGGAAAAAGAGGAGGCCAGAAUUAAAUACAAGGAGUCCAAAGAGACCUUUCAGAGGUUCCUGGAGAACCACGAGAAGAUGACAUCUACCACCAGAUACAAGAAAGCAGAACAGAUGUUUAAUGAGCUUGAGGUGUGGAGCUGCGUGCCAGAGAGAGACCGGCUGGAGAUCUAUGAGGAUGUUUUGUUCUACCUCGCCAAGAAAGAGAAGGAGCAAGCCAAGCAGCUGAGAAAGAGGAACUGGGAAGCUCUGAAGAACAUUUUGGACAACAUGGCCAACGUCACGUACCGCACCACCUGGUCCGAGGCCCAGCAGUACCUGCUGGACAACCCCACCUUCGCAGAGGACGAGGAGCUGCAAAACAUGGACAAAGAGGAUGCCCUCAUAUGUUUUGAGGAGCACAUCCGAGCUCUGGAGAAGGAGGAGGAGGAGGAGAAACAGAAGACUCUUCUCAGGGAGAGGAGACGACAGCGCAAGAACCGCGAGGCCUUCCAGAAAUUUCUGGACGAGCUCCACGACCACGGCCAGCUGCACUCCAUGUCUGCCUGGAUGGAGAUGUACCCGACCCUGAGCUCCGACAUCCGCUUCGCCAACAUGCUGGGCCAGCCGGGUUCAACUCCCCUUGAUCUCUUCAAAUUCUAUGUGGAGGACUUGAAGGCCCGCUAUCAUGAUGAAAAGAGGAUCAUCAAAGAUAUUCUUAAGGACAAAGGCUUUCUGGUGGAAAUCAACACAAGCUUUGAUGACUUUGGAUCCGUCAUCAGCUCCGACAAGAGAGCCACCACACUGGAUGCCGGAAACAUAAAGCUCGCAUUCAACAGUCUGCUGGAGAAGGCCGAGGCCAGAGAGAGAGAGCGAGAGAAGGAGGAGGCCAGGAAAAUGAAACGAAAAGAAGCCGCCUUUAAGAACAUGCUGAAGCUGGCGACGCCCCCGCUGGAGCCCGAGACCACAUGGGAGGGGAUCCGAGAGAGAUUCUUAAAAGAAUCUGCCUUUGAAGAUGUGACUCUGGAGUCGGAGAGGAAAAGGAUAUUCAAAGACUUCAUGCAUGUCUUGGAGCACGAAUGCCAACAUCAUCACUCCAAGACAAAGAAGCACUCCAAGAAGUCCAAGAAGCACCACAGGAAACGCUCCCGCUCCCGCUCGGGCUCAGAGUCUGAGGACGAGGAGUACCACAAGAAGAAAAAGAGGUCACAAUCUAAAUCUCCCUCCGAGCGCUCGUCCAGCGGAGAAUCCGAGAGAAGCUAUAAAAAAUCCAAGAAGCACAAGAAGAAGGGCAAGAAGAGGCGUCACAAGUCUGCGUCGCCGGAAUCCGACAAUGAGAAGAAGGGAAGAGAGCGCGAUGGAAAGCGGGAAAAGGACCUGGAGAAAGACAAAGAGAAUGACAAGUCUCGGGGGAAAUCUCGCCCAGACUCUAAACAGAAGUCUCCUAAAAGAAAAGCUCCAAAAGAGGAGGGUGGCUGGGACACAUCAGGCAGCGAGCUGAGUGAAGGAGAGCUGGAGAAAAGGAGAAGGACUUUACUGGAACAGCUGGAUGCACCUUGAUGAUCACACUUCUCCCGUCCUUUAACUGUAUUCGUACACUUCUAGAGACAUGCAUUCCCCUCCGAGCUGGGCGCCCCCUCCACCCCCCACCCUGCAGACUGUGUGACGUAACACUGCUCUCUGGUAUUCAUGGGAAUAUGCUGAGCUUACACACUUAUUUGGUAACUACUUUGAGAUCAGGAAACUGAUCAGCUGAUCAACCGUUUAAAUAUCAGGUUGUCCUUUUGGUUGCUUUUGUUAGUAUUUUUUUAGUUGAUUGUAGCUGUACAUGUUUUCCAUUGCCAAUCAUUUUUAUACUCAAUUACGAUGACACCUUCAACGCCACACUGAGCGUCUUAAACCUGGAUAAUUAGACAAUUCGCAGCAUCUUUCAUGAUCUCUGGGCAUGUUGGAUUUGGUCAAACUUAACUAUUCGCUAAUUAUCCAAAAAGGUUUUAAUUUGAGCAUCUGUUUAAAUUGAUAUUUACCUUUUGUGAAAUGUAAUAAAAUACUGUUUCAAUGGAUAA